CGAGAAGCGAGCCGCGCCAGGGUGCCAGAGGAUGAACCACGUGGGCAGCCCUGUGAAAGCUUAUGACUUCUUGCUGAAGUUCCUGCUGGUAGGGGACAGCGACGUGGGCAAAGGGGAGAUCCUUGCAAGCCUGGAGAAUGGAGCCACCGAGUCCCCCUAUGGGUACAACAUGGGUAUAGAUUACAAGACAACAACAAUACUUCUGGAUGGCCGCAGAAUAAAGCUGCAGCUCUGGGACACGUCUGGGCAAGGCAGAUUCUGCACCAUAUUUCGUUCUUAUUCAAGAGGGGCCCAGGGUGUGAUACUGGUAUAUGACAUAACUAAUCGAUGGUCAUUUGAUGGUAUUGAUCGAUGGAUAAAGGAGAUAGAUGAGCAUGCUCCUGGUGUUCCUAAAAUCCUGGUUGGCAACCGCCUGCAUCUAGCCUUCAAACGGCAGGUAUCUACUGAGCAAGCACAAAUCUAUGCUGAAAGAUUAGGCAUGACUUUCUUUGAAGUAAGCCCACUUUGUAACUUCAACAUCACGGAGUCCUUUACAGAACUUGCAAGGAUAGUGUUAAUGAGACAUGGAAUGGACCGGCUGUGGAGGCCAAACAAAGUUCUGAGUUUGCAAGAUCUUUGUUGCCGUGCCAUCGUUUCAUGCACCCCUGUGCACCUAGUUGACAAACUUCCACUCCCUGUUGCCUUAAGAAGCCAUCUCAAAUCAUUCUCUAUGGCCAACGGUCUGAAUGCUAGGAUGAUGCACGGUCGCUCCUACUCCCUCACAGCCAACAACAACAACAAAAGGAACAGUCUGAAGAAAGCCAAAAUAAUCCGUCCACCCCAGAGCCCUCCAAAACACUGUACCAGAAACAGCUGCAAAAUCUCUUAAACCUGCCAUUAGAGUUUUGACU